AUGGCAGUUUUCAACCUCACUCCAUCUGACCCUUCAUCAUUCAUUCUAACAGGCAUCCCUGGCCUGGAAGCUGCCCAUGUCUGGAUUUCCAUCCCUUUCUCUACAUUCUACAUUAUUGGCCUGUUGGGAAAUUUCAUGCUGCUGUUUAUUGUAGGCAAAGAGCAUACCCUGCAUAAGCCGAUGUACCUGCUACUCUGCAUGCUGGCGCUCACAGACAUAGCCACACCUACCUUUGUAGUGCCAAAAGCCCUGUGUAUAUUUUGGUUGAAUUUGAAAGGAAUUUCUGUGGCUGGUUGCCUCACCCAGAUGUUCUUCCUUCACACAAUUUCUGUUAUGCACUCAGCUGUCCUUGUGACAAUGGCCUUUGAUCGCUAUGUUGCCAUAUGUAACCCUCUGAGAUAUGCCACCAUCCUCACCAAUGCUCGAGUAGCUAAGCUAGGACUAUUGGGUUUGAUAAGAGCUAUUCUGUUAAUUCUACCUCUGACCCUGCUCAUGAGCCGGCAAUCAUUUUGUGCCAACCGCAUUAUCCCCCAUACACAAUGCGAGCAUAUAGCUGUGGUAAAGAUGUUGUGUGGGGACAUCACCGUCAAUAGGAUGUACGGCUUAGUGCUAUUGUUCAUACUCAUUGGAUUUGAUCUGACACUCAUUGCCUUGUCCUAUGGUCUGAUCAUCAAGGCUGUCCUCAAAAUCUCCUCCAGAAACACCCACCAGAAAGCCCUCAACACCUGCACAACCCACCUCUGUGUGAUGCUCACAUAUUAUACUCCCAGCCUCUUCUCCAACCUGACACAACGGUUCAGUCACAAUAUUGCUCCCCAUAUUGAUAUUAUAUUGGCUGACCUCUAUCUCCUCAUCCCUCCCAUGCUCAACCCUAUCAUUUAUGGGAUCAAAACCAAAGAGCUUUGGGAGAAAGUGGGCAAAUACAGUUGUAGGAAGUGA